UCCCAUCCCCGCCAUAUCCAUUCGAACGUGAUUUCAUGAUCCAGACCACUCAGUUCCCCCACGAGAAGUUGGCUCGUGGAUACAAACCUCGUCGAAGAUGUCUAAGUCCCCGACUUACCUGCUGGUGUCCUUGCCGACAUCCAUCACCAAUACCAAUGACAAGGAGGAUGCCUUAGAUCAGGUCCGAGCCAAUAUAUCAGACAACGGGACGCUAUACCCUUUCGCGAUCCCAGGCUUCAAAAUCGGGACUCUCGAUGCCCUGGUGCAGCAAGCAGAUGACCUGGCCAAGCUCGACACCGCUUGUGACGGCGUGGUGAACAAGUCUGCAGAUGCGUUGAAGAGCAUCUUGGACGAUGAUAAUGACGACAAGCUGGCCCAGCAGAAGACGAUCAACGACAAACCGGUCGAUCAAUACCUUCGGAGCUUCUCCUGGAACAAAGUCAAGUACCGUGCCGACAAGUCAAUAGCUGAGCUCAUUGACUCCCUUCAGAAGGAAGUUGCAGGCAUUGACAAUGAUGUCAAGUCGAAAUUCUCUCAAUACAACCAAGUCAAAUCCACGUUGACUGCUUCCCAGAGAAGACAAACGGGCAACCUCUCGACACGCUCCCUCGCGUCCAUCGUCCCCUCCAGCGCCAUCGUCCAAGAUUCCGAGUACAUCGAGACGCAUCUCGUCGCGGUGCCCAAGCAGAUGGUCAAGGACUUCCUCAAGUCGUACGAAUCCCUGGCCCCCAUGGUCGUUCCGCGAUCGUCGGUCGAAGUGGCGUCGGACGACGAGUUCAAGCUCUACGCGGUCACCACGUUCAAGAAGCACAGCACCGAGUUCAUCCACAAGUGCCGCGAGAAACGCUGGAUUCCACGUGAUUACACAUACAAAGCUGGCGGGCGAGAGGAGGAGGCGAAGGAGGUCGAUCGAUUGGAGAAGGAGGAACGAAAGCUAUGGGGCGAGGCAUUGCGAUUGGGUCGAACCGGGUACAGCGAGAGUGCCAUGAUCUGGGUGCAUGUGCUGGCGCUGCGGGUCUUCGUAGAGACGGUCCUGCGAUACGGCCUGCCGUUGGAGUUCGUCUGUGCCCUGAUCCAAUCGAAUCCCAAGCUUUCGAAGAAGGCUAAGGCAAGCCUCGACACACAGUACUCAUAUCUUGGGGGCAAUGCGCUCCAGCGAGACAAGAAGGGCAGGGUGAAGAAGGAUGUACCGACGGAGAGUGGCGGCGCGGUUGGUGGAGAUGCGGAGUAUACGGCCUAUGUCUACUACGAGUUUGAGUUCGUAUAGGUAUUAGAAUGUCUCGCCAUUCUUUUAUCAUGUUCGAUAUCCUGUCUCAUAACUUCCUGGUAUUCUAUCCAGGUUUACAUUCUCAGGCGCGAGGGCAAUGCUGGGACUGAAAAUGCAAUCUUAACCUAUAAUCAAGCAAAUUGCCAGCCUUCUGGCAUACCAAGAUUCAAAUU